AGGUGAUGCAGAUAUUUAUCUAAGAUUGCCUGUUCGUCCUGAUUAUGAGGAGAAUAUCUGGGAUCAUGCAGCUGGAUGUGUUCUUAUUAAAGAAGCAGGAGGAACAGUUGCAGAUAUUUAUAAUAAACCUUUGGAUUUCUCUUUGGGAAGAACUUUAAAAACCAACAAAGGAGUUGUGGUUGCACAUUCUAAAAUAUUCGGACAAGUGAUUGAUGCCGUUCAGCAAGCUAUUUUAAAAAAAUAG